AUCACCACCACCUGGGCACCCUUAAUUGGCACAAGCAGCACGAAUCAGAGCAUAGGAGCUGUAACUAUGAUUAAAGACAGGCAAAGGUCUCGCCCCUAUGAUAUAGGUAGAUACAUGGUGUAUUGAGGCCCAGUCGUGAAGUUUUAACAAUACUACCUACCUAGGUAGGUAUAAGGAAGUAUCCUCCCAAAGCAUCAAACCUCAAUGCACGUAACUCUUCAUCCUUAAUCCCAAUUUCCUAUCGAGCCUGAACUGGUCGUAUCGUUUCUCCUAACCUGUUUUCUCGUCAUGGACUUCUCCAGGCACGGCGUCUUUUCGGAGACAAUCCAGGAGAUUACGAACUCCAAGCUGGAGCGAAUAUCUAAAAGUCGAUCUCACUUUGAACAUCACAAGUCUCUUGCCAUUGGCGUUGGAUUUGAAAAUCUCACAACCUUUCAUCUCGACAUUAUAGGGGACAAGGUUAGAACCUGCUGGGGCUUAGAGGACAACAACUGUCCCGACUGCAAAUACAUCACCCCACCACCAAGAAACCCCUCCUUGGAACUUGAGUUGAAGUCUCUUGAUUGUUUCUUAUUCCAAGUCCGGUGGGAUCCAUGUUUGGCGGACGAUGCUCUUCCUUCUUUGAAAGAGUCCCUGCUGCGUCAUCUUGAUAUACAGUCCCUGAAAUAUUCAUACACCAGGCUUUAUGGCCGGCUAGUCACUGAAUGGCUAUCCACCGAUAAGCUCACCAGGAACGAGGACGAACAUACGCAAAGGAGGUUUAAACAACAGCACUCCAAAGAGGAAAAGGUGAAGGUGAAGGCUCGAAUGCAAUGGUCGCCAAAGGUGUUUGUGCCUGCGGAAGUUAACGAGGAGAAGCUUAGAACAUACCUGGAUGACAUCUUCGAUGUACAGAACGUGGAAAAGUUACAAAGGCUAGAUGAACUGAGAACUGAAAUUGAAGACUUUGAGGAAUUAAUGUCAGCACCCGACCAAUUCUACCCAGAAACCUUGGAUUGGGUCAUCCGUGGUCUGUCGUCAUCCAGACUCAUUUCAGACGAGAAGCGCAGGGCUUUGGAGAACUUCAACAACAACCAUCUCGUUCGAGAGGAGAUCUCAAACAUCUUGAACCAGAGAAUGCAAUCUCUAGAUUCGUGGUCAUGGGGGGAGUGCGUCGUGUUAGAUCAGGAACGAGAUAUAUCUGGUACAUGCAACAUCCUGAUGCAGGAAGACCUUCUCCAAGCCAUUAUCCUCUAUUACAUUGGCAUCAAGUGGUCUACUAUACUAAGAAAAGCCAUUGGCGAUUUUCUUUUCGAUUUCUAUGCAGUCCAUGCCCCACGGGUUUCUAAGAAAGACGCGGCGCGACGAAGUCAGUAUUCACUCCGUCAAGAUCCUACCGGUUCCGUGCAGUCCAUCAGGGAUAUCUCUCACCGAGCUUCUUAUUCCAUGGCUCUUCUAAACAAGCACGGGCGUUCAGGAAAAAUGCAGACCGAGGACGAGGAAGAAGCCGAAUACAGAAUCCAAGACAAACGUGAGAAUAAUCCGGAUUCCACCAAGAGACAAUUGCUGCGUCUCCUGUCGACUGAAAUUGCCGUCAAUACCAAGUUAUAUAAUGAGAUCACCGCGUUCCAUUCCCUGUUUGACAAAUGGACUACUUUACUCCCUCACGAAACGAUCCUGGGAGUAUUGUCAUUCCUCGGAGUUUCCAAAUCAUGGCUCAGCUUCUUUCGAUCCUUUCUGAAGAUGCCUCUGAGGCUAAUUGAGGACGACCAGUCAGAAUGCCCGCGAAUUCGAUCUCGCGGCAUGCCUGAGUUGUAUAUCCUUAGCGAGGCACUCGGCGAAUCCGUCUUAUUCUGUCUGGAUGUUGCCGUGAGCAAGCAGACAAAUGGGGCCAAGCUCUACCGUAUGCGAAACGACUGUUGGUUUUGGUCGAAAGAUGUACAUGUCGCUGAGGCAGCAUGGAAGACGAUUACCAAGUUUGCUAAUGUCACAGGUACUGAAAUCAACUACUCAAGAUCCGGUACUCUGCGUGUAUCUUCAAACCCAGGUAUAUCGCUUCCCAGGGAUCAGUCUUUCCCCAAAGGCAAUAUUCGCUGGGGUUUUCUUAAGCUCUCUCCAAAAACGGGGAUAGUCAAGAUCGACCAGAAACUGGUGGACAAGCAUAUAAAAGUUGUGCGUAUGAAACUCGCGGCCAAUUCAAAUAGUAUUUUGGCAUUUGUUCAGGCAUGGAAUAUCUAUGUUGUACGCUUCUUCACCUCCAACUUCGGGGAAGUAGUUAAUUGCUUUGGGUAUGUUCUUGUAAAUGAGUUGGCACGUGCUCACUGGCGAAUUCAUCGUGAACUAGUUCCACCUCCAUCUUCUUCGACUCCCUCCGACAAGGGAAGUGUGGAAUAUGCGAAAAACAUUGUCGACUACCUCAAGUACACCAUCCGAGAACGAUUUAGCAUGUCAGACAAGCCAGACGCGCCAGAAAAAUUAGACAUCCCCAACGCCUUGUUCUAUUUCCCCGUAGAACUAGGCGGGCUUGGCCUCGAGAACCCCCUCAUCUCCCUAUCCCAGGUUAACAAAACGGUGCUAGAUCCAUCCGAGCUCCUAGAAUCCUUCUUGGAAGCGGAGAAGGAAUCGUACGAAAGCGACAAACGUGCUUGGGAGCAGCGAGACACGCACGACACCAAACCCGGGCUCCCAGUCGACUUCAUGAGCUUCGACAACUACGUGCUGAAUCGCGAAAGCAUCGACCACGACUUCGAGCACAAUCUUUCCUGGGUCUACAACAAGCUGAUGGAAGCACCCAGAAAGCAAGGGAUCGAGAAGCCGAGCGCGAAGGUGAUGGAGGGUUUGGAAGCCCUGGCGCAGCAACACCCGGGGACGUUGAAGCACAUCACGGGACACUGGGAAUCCAUGAGCCCGUACUGGAGAUUGGUUGUCCAGCUUUAUGGCCCAGAGCUGAUGGACAAGAUCGGAUGCCUGAAUAUGGUUGAGCCCGGCUCGUUGCCCAUGGGGAUGAUAAGUGCCUUCCACGAGGGACAAACAUCCGUGAAAGCAGGAAGAGCUUCCGAGCCAUGCUGGUGGGAAUAACGGACGCUCUCUUAACAUCCCUUUUUUUGUGCCUGAAACCUGAUCUGUGAUACCAGGAUGACGGAUGUGGAUAGCCUCUUAAACACACAGGCUGAGCCCCUGGUCUACAUUGGCCUCAGAUCCCGAAUCCUCUCACGAUAUUUUUACAGCAGUUGCGACCCUCAGAAAGACGAGCCAGCCCUUCGUCGCCUAGGAUUGGGGUGGGACACAUCAACUAGGCCGGCAGCAGCAAUAUCGCGGAUGGCAUCACCAUUGAUUCGGGCCUCCUUAACUCAGCCCGGUACGAUGAUACUACCCAUAGAGCCUAAGUACCUAGAACCCGGAGACAAGUGGAAAGAUGUCUACACCGAGCUCGAGAAGCACGGUCGUAGGUACCUACCCACAGUCGCCAGGGCCCGAGAG